AUGUCAUUUGCCGAACCUGUUAUUAUUGAUGAUGAAAGUGAUACGGAAAGUAGUAACAGCAUAGAUGAGGAGUACAUCACACCAGCCAACCUACCUCAUCUCUCCUCGAGCCGAUGUCCAUCCUGUCACUAUAACGAUACCCACUGCGACCAUCGCAUUACUCUGUACCAGAAAAUUCACAUUGUAAAAUGUUUCAUUGCUGAGGAGAAUCGUAGAGUCUUCUCAGAACCUUCUCUUCCUCGUUUAAUUACCGAGAACAAGCUCAUUCCAUUCAUUGAUAAUUUGCUGUUGAAGUUCAUUGAAAAUAUUCAGGAAAAAAGUUGGAAACAUUGCAGGCAACAUUAUGUUCCAUACUUGAUGGAGAAUUUCUAUUUGAAAAUUAACAGAAAAGCGAGGGAGUUACAGGAAAGAUUUGGAAUUGAAAAUGGACAAGAGAAUGGCUCUGAAAAUGAGGAGGCUCAAAUGAAUGGUCAACAACAACCACCAAUAGGUCAACAAGAAGGUUGGAAUCAAAAUGUACAACAACAAGCACCACAACAGCCACGACAGAUACAGACUAAUAGUCCACCACGAAAUAGGAUGAAUGUAACUCCACCACGACAGAUACGACAGAAUAAUACUCCACCAAGAAAUCAACCACAGAAUGAAAAUGUUAUUAGAACUAAUCAGCAAGCAAACAUGAAUCCUAUAAGAAAUGGUAAUCAAAAUGAAAGAGUGAUGAAUCAUGUACCGCUUAAUAAUGGUCAAGUGGUGCGACAUCCCCAAAAUCAAUCCCUAAUUGGUCAACCACAUUUACAACAAUUCAAUAAUGCGUCUAUUAAUCAUUUCUCAAUGAAUUCAAAUGGAAAUGGAUUUACUGGAUUUACUUGGGUGAAUGUUCAACUUCCAAACAUUCACUUUCCAUUUCUUUUUAAUGGAUUGGCUCAACAACUUCCGAAUAACAAUAUUCGUCCAAUGAUUCCAAACCAACAACUGGCCUAUCCGAAUCCAAUCAUUCAUACGCCUCAACCACCAAUGAAUCGACCUCAAAUCAUUCCAAUCCAACUAAACUUUCACAACCAACAAAGAUUAUUUGGGUUUACCAAAGAAGAGCUCAUGUCAAUGUCAAUUUUCAAACAAAAAAUUAAGGAACAGUGGAAUCUCCCAACUAAUUGUGUUAUUUCCAACAUAUCAUUCAUAGAUUCAACCAAUCAAACCUUAAUGACACUCGAUGAACAAUCCCUUCUCGUCAUUAGAGAAAGCGCACUUGGCAGAAUUCAAAUCCAAUUCGAAAUUUAUGAAAAUACUGACCUUCUACCACUUUCUUUCAACUAA